AUGGGUGCGCAGUCGAAACCCGAAAUCUCUCCUUGGGGGCGUGCUGCCGCCGGAGCUACGGGCGCUGUCCUCGCCAAUGCCCUCGUCUAUCCGCUUGACAUCGUCAAGACGCGACUCCAGGUCCAGGUCAAGUCUGCCAAGGCGGCCGCUGGCGCCGACGACAGCCCGCACUACGCCUCGACCUGGGACGCCAUCUCGCGCAUCGUCGCCGAUGAUGGCCUCAAGGGCCUCUACGCCGGCAUGAACGGCUCCCUACUCGGCGUUGCCUCCACAAACUUCGCCUACUUCUACUGGUACACGGUCGCCAGGUCGCUCUACAUCUCCUCGGCCGCAACCGCAGCCCCCUCCAUGGCCACCGAGCUCUCUCUCGGCGCCGUUGCCGGCGCUCUCGCUCAACUCUUCACCAUUCCCGUCGCCGUCGUCACCACCCGCCAGCAAACGGCCCGCGCCGACGAGCGCAAGGGGCUCCUCGCCACAGCCCGCGAGGUUGUCGAGGGCCCUGAUGGAGUGUCCGGUCUCUGGAGGGGCCUCAAGGCCAGUUUGGUCCUCGUCGUGAAUCCUGCCAUCACAUACGGCGCAUACGAGCGGUUGCGCACCAUGUUCUUCCGCGACAAGAGCACUUUGCAGCCUUGGGAAGCAUUCCUCCUCGGUGCCAUGUCAAAAGCCCUGGCCACGAUUCUCACCCAGCCGCUCAUCGUUGCCAAGGUCGGCCUGCAGUCGAAGCCGCCGCCUGCCAGGAACGGGAAGCCGUUCACGAGCUUCAUUGAGGUCAUGAACUUUAUCAUCGAGCAUGAAGGCCCGUUGGCCCUCUUCAAGGGCAUUGGGCCUCAAAUCUUCAAGGGGUUCCUGGUUCAAGGCAUCCUCAUGAUGACCAAGGAGAGGGUCGAGCUCCUCUUCGUCCUCUUCCUGCGCUACCUCAAGUCGCUCCGGAGUACGCAGCUCCAGAAGGCCGCCAAGGUCGCUUCGGCGGCAGCCCAGCAGGGUGCCCGGAAUGGCACGACAAGACCCUUGACGACCUCCUAA